AGUACACAUCACAAACACGAGUAUAAAGAAGCUGCCACAGGUUCAGCUAAAACACUUUCUUAAUUUACUUAUUGGUGAAAGUUAUCAGAUGGAUAUUUCACUUUUAAUUUGAAAACAAGAAAGUUUCACAUAGAUGCUUCUCAUUUAACAUCUCUUCUCUUUCCACAGCACUAUAAAUCUAUUACUAUUUUUAUUGAGUUAGUAUGACUUUGCAUAUGGAAAUUAAAAGACUUUUUUAACUUUAUUAAAAAGAAAUAUAGAAAACAGCUGCUGAAAAAUACGUGAGCCGGACUGAGCCUGGUUUAGACCCGGCCACAUUUCUCCUAAUACAAGUCAACACCACAACCAGAACUGUAUGAAGGAAUUCUCAGCACAUAUAGGGCUUUUUCUGUUGCAAGCAUCACUAGUUCACCUGUAGUGGAAGCCAAAUAGACAUAUUGAGCUCAGCACACUAAGGAACAAUGGAGAGCUCUGAAUCAAAACGGAUCAGUAAAAAGAAGAUACUGCAGUUGCUUUCCCCUUUCUGCUCUUGUGCCCGAGAACAAAGUCAAGUCAAACAGGAAUCUCCCGAAGUGGGAAGGAACCUCUGGAAAGCUAACCGCGCGUCCCGAGAGGAGAACGACAUCUUCAGGGAGGACAACAAGUCCCUGUGGAGAGAGAACAAAGCUCUCAGGGGGGAGAGCGAAGCCUUCCGCAGGGACAACAAGUUGAUCCGGGAAAGGAACCAGCUCCUGCAGGAGGAAAACCAGGUCCUCUGGGAGCUGAAAAAGACCACUCUGGAGAAACAGAAGUUAUCUAGAGAGAAUGUCAAGGCCUUGAACACGCAGAGAAAAUCCAGUCGGCAACAGAAACGAGCCCGCGAGGCCCAGCUCAAGGCCCUCAAGCAGCAGCAGAUCGCCUUCCAGAACGAGGCCAAGGCUCUGGACGAGGAAAUGAGGUCUCUGAACCAGGAGAUCAGGGCCCUGCACCACCAGAAGAGAGCCAUCAACAUGGAGGAAGAGGCCCUGGUGAAGGAGGGCAUGGCGCUGGGGAAGGAGGAAGAGGCCCUGUGGAAGGAGGAGCGGGCCCUGCGGAAGGAGAACAAGGCUCUGAGAGAGGAGCACAGCGCCCUUGAGGAGGAGGAGAGAGCCCUGCAGGAGGAGGCUCUGCUCCUCCAGUCCUGGUACAGCUUUCUUCAGAAAAGGGAGCCCAACAAUCCUGCUGGGAAAAAGCACAAUAAUAAAGUAGAGAAGAAGGGGAACUUAAAGAUGUGACUGAGAACCAGGAGGAUCAUUGACAUUCCAGGAAAAAAAAAAAAUAGAAUUUGAAGUUAAAAUACUGGUGUUGGGAUUGGGAUAGAAACCCUGGAAAUUUAUGGGGCUCAGUAUUUUAUCCUGGAAACUAAAUAAAGUCUUUUAAA